AUGAACCACCAUGACACGGUGGUUGAUAUCAAUGCCAUGCUCGACAAUGCAGGACCACCAUUAAGCGCCGCCGACUGUUGCAUCUACAAAGUCCCCUCUGAUACUCGCAAACACAACCGCGAUGCAUACACCCCCAAAGUCAUUUCCAUCGGACCUUUCCACCACCGUUUCCAGCACCCCAGCCUCCAAAACAUGGAACGACACAAACUCAUUUUCUUCAAAGCAUUUCUCAAACGUACUCAGCCAACUCUAGGAACCUUGAUUCACUACAUAGAAUCUAUCAUACCUAAUUUUCGUCGUUGUUAUUCCGAAACCCUAGACUUCACUGAUCAGGAACUCGUUAAAUUAAUCUUAAUCGAUUCUGUUUUCAUAAUUGAAAUUUUCUCGAAAUCCUAUGAUCAUGGUCGGUCUGAAGAGGAUGCUUUUCUCUUAAAACCUUGGUUAAGUGAUAAUAUAAAAUUUGAUUUGUUAUUACUUGAAAAUCAAUUGCCGUUCUUUGUUGUUGAAAAAAUCUUCAAUAUUUCUUUUAGUGCUAACACUGAUAUCCCUUCUUUUCUUGAGCUCACUAUUUUUUAUUUUCAACGUUUCAAUAAAUCAAAAUUGGAUUCUGAUAAUAGUGAUAUUACCAUAAGGCAUUUCACUGAUCUAAUUCGAAUUUUCCACUUGCAACAUCCAUUGGAAAGACGACGGCGUAGGAUCCCUGGAACUAUGGGAAAUUUUCAUAGUGUAACUGAAUUGUUUGAAGCAGGAGUUAGGUUUAAAGUGAAAACUAAAAGUAAGUGUUUAUUAGACUUGAGGUUUUCGGGUGGAGUUCUUGAAAUUCCUGAAUUAAUAGUCGAUGAUUGGACUGAGAUUUUGUUUCGGAAUAUGGUUGCUUUGGAGCAGUGUCAUUACCCUUAUGAGUGCUACAUUACUGAUUAUGUGGGUGUUUUGGAUCUUCUUAUUAAUACGGGAAGGGAUGUUGAUAUACUUGUUCAGAAUGGAAUAUUGGUUAAUUGGCUUGGGGAGAAUGAUUCUGUGGCAAACUUUUUUAAUAGUAUUUGUAAAAAUAUUUUAAUUGUUAAUUCCAAUUCUGAUUACUCUGAUCUUCGUAAAGAUUUGAAUGGUUUUUACAAAGAUCCUUUGCAUAAAAUGAAGGCUACUCUCAGACGCGAUUAUUGUAGCAAUCCUUGGCAAACUGCUGCUACGGUUGCUGCAAUUGUACUACUAAUUCUCUCUUUACUUCAAUCUGUUUGUUCUGUCUUGCAAGUUGUACCGCAGUAG